UCCCCGAAAAGCCUAAGCCAAAUCUGGUCGAAGUUAAAGCCAACAGAGAAAUUUCCCCAAUUACGGAACCAACUCCCCAAUAUUAUCUUUUCACUUGUGAUAUUUGUGAAACUCACCAAAAAAGCCACCUCCACCGAGGCCGAGUCAACGGACUGGGCCUGGACCCUAAUAAAGUGCUGAAAAUCUGUGCUAACUACAGCCAUUACGAACCCGAGGAAGGAAUUUUUUACGGCAAAUUAUUCGGCAAGUUAACCCAAGACAUUAUCCGAGAUAGUCGUAAUCGGGAAAUUUAUGACAAUGUUUUUAAAGUCAUUAAGUUAAAGGACAAAGAAUUAUUUAAGUCGGGCAGUAAAGUCGAACACAGUAAAACCGACGAGAAAAUUAAGGCUACUCCCCAAGCUACCCGAAUAAAAAAUAUUCCUACGGCCCCAGGAGGAGAUUUAACCAGCAGCACUUACGGCCGAGCCGAAAUAUUAGAACAAGAAAAACGAGACCUUAAACCCUAUGAAAAAGAAAUUACGAGAGGCCGAAGAGCCACUAAUAAAGAAGAGGAAGACGAGGAAGAAGAAGCCGUAAUUACUCCUAAAAAGAAAAAAAUUCGAGUGGAUGACAGCAGAAUUUGUGCCAAAAGGAAAAUCACCCCGACCCAACAAAACUUUUACCUGGAACAAAUAACCCGAUAUUUAAAACGGAAGGAAAAAGAACAUGCCCCACCUACUUCUUUAACGGGUUUGGGUAUUCAAAAGCAGAAGGAAUUAGCCGAAGGACUAAUUAAAGCCUGGGAAAAAGAUUUGAAUGUUCCCCAGUUAGCCAAGUUUAACGAAAUAAUGGACGAGGUGGUCGGAUAUGCCGAGUUCAAAACCAAAAUGAAAAUGUAUCUGGUGAACCUAGCCAAAGACAUUAAGCAAGGCAAAAAAACUGAACAAAGCAUUUAUGUUCUGCUGGGCCCUCCUGGGAUUGGUAAAUCUUAUAUUAGUGAAAAAUUAGCCCUCGCCCUGGAAAGACCUUUAAUUAAUAUCGACCUGGGAGGCCGAAAAGAAACUGGCAUAUUAGAAGGCACGGGAACUAGUGUUAAAGGUGCUUAUCCUGGUCGGAUUUGUGCUGGCAUUAGCAUUAAUAAAAACCGAGGAGCCGUUAUUUUAUUAGACGAGUUUGAAAAAGUAAAAGACGACGGACUAAAAAUGAUGUUAGGUUAUCGGGUGGACUGUUCGGACUGUAUUAUUUUAUGCACGGCCAAUUAUGUUGUCCAAGUGCCCGAUUUUGUGAAAAACCGAGCCGAGAUGGUCAACAUUGAAUUAGCCACCUAUCAGCAAAGAGUAGAGUAUGUGCUGAAAAAAUUAAGCCAAAAAUUACGGGGUGAUGAGGACACCAAAAAUUAUGCCGACCAAUUGACGGAGGAAUUUUGCCA